CCCCCUAUCCUAUCCCCUUGUUCACCUUCGGCCCGCCGCCAGUCCGCUACACUGCCCUUCCUGAAUUCCUCCUCCGCCCGCCGGAGCCUGCUGCGACGAGCUUCCACCUCCCCUUGCGUCAGCUAGCCUUCUCCUCCGCUUCCCACAAAGAGCAAUUCGCCUCUCUUGCGCACCAUCAGUUGCCCUUGAGCAAUCGCCCCGCCGGCCGCCGGUCCUUGUGCGCCCACCAGAUGCUCGUGAUAUUUCCGUAAUGGCCUUCGCAAUGCGCCUAGCGUCCUGCCCCGGCGCGUCGCUGCAGGCGGCGACGGCCUGGCCGUCCAGCCUCGGCUCCGCGGCGCCACGGCCGCGGCCUCGCCGGCGGUGGCCACGCAUCAGGUCGUCCGCGGCCGCCUCCGACCAGCAGGCGCUUCUGGCCGCCCUGCGCGAGCAGGCGGACCCCGAGGCGGCGCUCCGGAUGCUCAACUCGGCGCUCGCGCGGGACGACUUCGCCCCCGGCCGCGACGUCUACGAGGAGAUCAUCCGGAAGCUCGGGACCGCCGGCGCCUUCGACCUGAUGAAGGUGCUCGUCAGGGAGAUGCGCCAGGAAGGGCACCAGGUUGGACCGGGCGUGGUGCAGUCGUUCAUAGAGGGCUACGCGCGGCUGCACAUGUUCGAUGAUGCCUUCGACUUGGUUCUCAACCAGCUUGACAUGUUCGGCAUUCAGGGAGACGCAGUGGUGGUGGCGUACAAUCACCUUCUCCGUGUUCUCAUGGAGGGGAGUAAGAUCAAGCUCCUUGAAUCCGUCUACACGGAGAUGGGCAAUCGGGGCAUCAAACCUGACCUUGUCACUUACAACACAGUGAUCAAUGCGUUGUGUGGAGUUCAUCAGGUUAGGACUGCAGUUCUGAUGCUGGAGGACAUGUCUAGCGAUGGUGUGGCGCCUAACGAGGUGACAUUCACUACGUUGAUGCAAGGUUUUGUUGAGGAGGGGAGCAUCGAGGCAGCACUGAGGAUGAAGGCACGGAUGUCAGAAAUGGGAUGUUCGCCAACGAGUGUAACAGUCAAUGUUUUGAUUAACGGGUACUGCAAGCUUGGAAGAGUCGAGGAUGCUCUCAGUUAUGUACAGCAAGAGAUCGCAGAUGGUUUUGAACCUGACCAGGUCACAUUCACUACAUUUGUUAAUGGUCUGUGCCAAAACGGGCAUGUUGAUCAUGCCCUCAAAGUCAUGGAUUUGAUGCUCCAGCAGGGUAGUGAUCCAGAUGUUUUCACCUACACUACUGUUGUAAACUGCUUGUGUCAAAUUGGAGAACUUGAUGAGGCUGUGGCAAUCAUAAAUCAGAUGGUGGAUAGCGGUUGUUUGCCUGACAUUACCACCUUCAAUACUCUCAUUGUUGCCUUAUGCACAGAGAAUCAUCUUGAGGAAGCCUUGAACCUUGCACGUGAUCUGACGGUGAAGGGACUCUCUCCAAAUGUUUAUACUUUCAACAUUUUGAUAGAUGCCCUUUGCAAGGUUGGAGAUCCUCAUCUUGCUGUUCGAUUGUUUGAAGAGAUGAAAAGCAGUGGAUGCACCCCUGAUGAACUUACAUACAAUAUAUUGAUUGAUAACCUGUGCUCAUCGGGGAAGCUUGCCAAAGCUUUGGAUUUGUUGAAGGAGAUGGAAGUUAGUGGUUGUCCUCUGAGCACAGUGACAUAUAACACUAUAAUUGAUGGGUUAUGCAAGAAACUGAGAAUAGAAGAAGCAGAGGAGGUUUUUGAUCAAAUGGAUGUAACAGGUAUUGAAAGGAAUGCGAUCACAUUCAAUACACUUGUUGAUGGAUUGUGCAUGGCCGAAAGGAUUGACGAUGCAGCAGAACUUAUUGAACAAAUGAUAAGUGAAGGGUUGCAACCUAAUAAUAUCACUUACAAUUCUAUUCUAACUCAUUACUGCAAGCAAGGAAACAUAGGUAAAGCUGCUGAUGUUUUACAAACUAUGACCGCAAAUGGAUUUGAAGUUGAUGUUGUUACAUAUGCAACACUCAUUAAUGGCCUGUGCAAGGCUCGUCGGACUCAGGCUGCUUUGAAGCUUCUUAGAGGUAUGCGGAUGAAAGGGAUGAGGCCAACUCCAAAAGCCUUCAACCCUGUGAUUCAGUCUCUAUUUAGAGGGAAUAACGGCAGGGAUGCUCUGAAUCUGUAUAGGGAGAUGACAGAAGUUGGCGAGCCUCCUGAUGCUUUGACAUAUAAAAUUGUUUUCCGUGGUCUCUGUCGUGGUGGUGGCCCUAUUAAAGAAGCUUUUGAUUUCUUGGUAGAGAUGGCAGAUAAGGGUUUCAUACCAGAGUUUUCAUCAUUCCGCAUGCUAGCUGAUGGUCUACUGAACCUGGGUAUGGAUGAUUACCUCAUAAGUGCUAUUGAACUAAUUGCAGAGAAGGCCAACUUCAGAGAAUCCGAUGUUUCUGCAAUAAGGGGUUAUCUCAGGAUCCGUAAAUUUUAUGAUGCAUUAGCAACUUUUGGCCGUCUCCUGGAUAUCAACAACCCUCGAUGGACUUAUCGAUGAAACAUGAGAAAGUAGUAUCUGGGAAAGUACUGAGUACGUGAAAAUUUUGCUGGUUAGUUCAUCAGGAUAGAUCUUGUUUAAUUACGAAUAGAUGACUAUGCUUGUUACGUGGUGGGGAUGAACUUUGCAUGUAGAAGAUGCUUAUCUUGGUAUUGAAACUCGUGGGAAUUGUUUAUCACCAUUUCCACUGUGAACCCUGUUUUUUGAGUUUUAUAUUUUAAGGGUACUAAUGUCAGAUUAUUUUGCCGCUUUUUCAA